UUCUUUUGGACACUGCUAAGCUCUUCUCUAAUUCCUUUUUCAGGGCUCAGAGACUAUUGAAGGUCUUUUCUUUGACAUGAAUAUGGUAAAGGAAGACGAAUCCUUCAUGGGAAGUUCUAGCAGUGGAAGAAAGGGGCUGCUUACAGAAGUUAAGAGUUAUCGGUUCGGUUUCUCCAGGCAUCCCAACAAAUUUUCUUCGAAAACCUUAAAUGAGCUUGAAUUGGGAACGAAUCUCUUUACAAUUAUGAAUAAGCUAAGACUGCUUCAGAUAAAUUAUACACAUCUAAAUGGUGCUUAUAAUGAUUUUCCCAAGAACCUGAGGUGGCUAUAUUGGAGAGGUUUUCCUUUGAAGUGUGUGCCAAAUGAUUUUCCAUUGGAGAGCUUGUCUGUUCUUGACAUGCGGAACAGCUGUUUGGAAAGACUGUGGGAAGGAAGAAGAGUGCUUCCAUUGGUAAAAAUUCUCAACCUCAGCCACUCUCAUUCUCUUUUCAGAACUCCUGAUUUUUCAGGACUCCCAAUGCUGGAAAAGCUUGUUCUCAAAGAGUGUGUCAAUCUAAUUGAGGUUCAUGAAUCCAUUGGAACCUUAGAGGCUCGGCUCAUUUUCUUAAUUAUCAAAAACUGCAAAAGACUUCAGAAGCUACCCAGAGAGAUUUGCAAGUUAAAAGUUCUUAAAACCUUCAUAAUAUCUGGUUGCUCAAAUCUUGUAGAGUUGCCAAGAGAGUUGUGGAGGAUGCAAUCCUUGGAAGUAUUCCUUGCCAAUGAAAUCCCAAUGAGUCAAUUACCCUCUAAGAGAAAACAGAACCCAAUAUGGCAUGCACUUAUCCGGUCUUGGGUUCCGAAGCCAAAAAAAGUUCUUGAGCUUUCAUGGGUUUCUUUACCUAAGUCAUUGGUUAAAUUAAGUCUAUCUGAGUGCAACCUAUCUGAAGUUGCUUUUCCGAGGGACUUCAGUAAUUUAAUGUCGUUGCAGAACCUAGACCUCAGUAAAAAUCCAAUCAGUUGUCUUCCAGAUUGCAUCAGAACUCUUUCCAGGCUCAACAAUCUUGAAUUAGGUUCUUGUACAAUCCUUAAAUUUCUCAUAGACCUACCUCGCAUCCACAAUUUGAGUGUGGCAGACUGCAUUUCCCUAGAAAGAGUUACAUAUCUAUCUGUAGGGUGCCGUGCAAUAGUUUACCAUAUAAAUGGCUGUAAAGAACUCACUGAUAUGGAGGGAAGCUAUAAGUUGGAAUCCAUGGGAGGAGUUGAGAAAACAAUGAAGUCGUUGGAAUUAAGCAUGUGGGAUUCUGUCGGAAGCUUUGAAGUGAAAUUGUAUAACAAUUCAACUCAUACAGAAAGUAGAGGACCAGUAAAGGUAUUGUUUGAAAAAGGAAUGAUCAGCAUAUAUCUUCCAGGGAGCAUGGUUCCUGAUUGGUUUUGUUACAAGAGUGCUGGAUCAACUCUAUCUUUCACCAUCCCUUCAUCUCCUGAUCUCAAGAUCCAGGGCAUAACUGUGUGCUCAGUGUACACAAUUGACUGGAAAGUCUGGGUUGAGGGUAUCCAGUUUUAUUUGAUAAUCCAUAAUGAGCAGAAGAAUGUGAAACUGAUUUAUAGCCCAACUUGCUAUGGUCUUCCUGAAGGCCAAAAUGAAAUGUUAUGGUUCACUCAUUGGAAGUUUUUGAGUCAGCUGGAUGCUGGUGACACCUUGAAUGUCACAGUUUUUACUAUGGUUGGUUUUAUCAUCAAGGAAAUUGGUAUUCACUUAAUGCAUGGAGAGCAAGUAGACAUGGUUUUGAACUCAAACAGUCAAGAAAUGCAGCGAGAUUAUCCUUAUCAGGGGAUGAUGCCUACCAAACGUCAAGGGCUUGUAGAUUUAUACUGCUAUGGCCAUAUGGGGAUUGGAUUGGACUUCAUUUUGCCCUACAUACCAUGAGAUCCAUGAAUGGGAAUACAUAUACCUGCUAAAAUCUUUGGAGGAGUCGGAUGCAAAAUAUGACAUCUUAGCCAUCAUCUCCCCAAGUAUCUUCUUUUUUCUUCCUUCAUUUGAAAUUUCAUUUUUCUAGAAAGAACUAUUUAUGUGGAAUUUGGAUGACAAUCAAUACUUCUAUCGUCAUCUUAUUCGUAAUUAUAUUUUAUGAUAGACAUUUCUCUAAUUUUGAAGAAAUAUGUUCUGAA